AUGAGAUUAAUUGCUGCUCUUUUAUCUGUAUUAUUAAUAGCUUCAACUGCUCAAUCAACUGUUACAAUUUAUGAAAGUUCAAAACCAGGUGAUUUUGACUUUUAUUUAUUUGUUCAACAAUGGAUUUAUUCAUACUGCGAUUCACAAACUUGUAUUCAAAAUAAAGAAAGAGAAGCAUUCACUAUCCAUGGUUUAUGGCCAGAGAAUAGUGAUGGCAGUUAUCCAUCAUUCUGUUCAGGUCCAUCAUUCAAUGUUAAUGCUAUCCAAGAUUUAGAAGAUCAAUUAAACUUUGAUUGGCCAUCACUCACUGGUCCAAACACUGAUUUCUGGACUCACGAAUUCAGCAAACAUGGUACUUGUUCAAUCACAGGUCCAAUCACAGAUAUUCACGAUUAUUUCGCUACUGGUAUCAAACUUUACACCGAAUUCAAUAUCACUGCUGCCCUCGAAUCUGAAAAUAUUUAUCCAUCAGAUAGCAACACUUACAAACCAGUCGAUAUCACUAAUGCUAUCACCACUCAUUUUGGUGGUAAACCAGGUAUUCAAUGUUCAUCUGGUCAAUUAUCAACUGUUGCUGUUUGUAUCGAUAAAAAUAGUUUAUCAAUCAUGGAUUGUCCAGAUCUCCAAGGUUGGAGUUGUUCUGGUAGUGUUAAAUUCCCAAGCACUGCUUAA